AUGGGUUCUGGAUCCCCUCCCCCCACGGGCCCCAAGCCGAAAUCUGCGAUUCCAUCUCGUCUGUUGAACGGCGGAUCUCCUCUUCAACCUUCUCUUCGCAAUCGUGAUGCGCGCGAGCGUGAAAGUCUGAACUCCUCCAUCAUGUCCUCUUUUGCCCCUCGCAUUCCGGUUGAGUUUGACUCGCCCGAGUCCAGCGCAACGCAUGCCGGUGGUGAGUCAGCGGACCGUUCUGACGGCCGGGUCGGCAGACCGGCUGCGGCGAAACCGGUCCUGAACGAUCCUGCCCGCGACCCUAGAGACGAAGCCGGUCCGUUGUCCCCGCCAGUCGCGAGCCGUCCGGAGAGCCCUUACACGCAAUUCCCUCCGAUAGAUUUCGACGGACUGAGCUGGCCUUGCCCCGGCACGAGGGCGCGGUUGGAGUCGUCCCCGGAACAAGAGGAAGAACGAGUCCAGAAGCUGGCAGGUGCCGUGAAGACAAUCUUGGAAUGCGUGGGAGAGGACCCCGACAGAGAGGGGUUGCGCGAAACUCCCGAAAGAUAUGCCAAGGCGAUGCUGUUCUUCACCAAAGGUUAUGAAGAGAAUGUGCGAGACCUUGUGAACGGCGCUGUGUUCCACGAGGACCACGACGAGUUGGUUAUCGUCAAGGAUAUCGAGGUCUUCUCCCUAUGUGAACAUCACAUGGUUCCAUUUACUGGAAAGAUGCAUAUCGGUUAUAUCCCUGAUCGUCGGGUGCUGGGUCUCUCCAAGCUGGCUCGUCUAGCAGAGAUGUUCUCGCGACGACUUCAGGUGCAAGAGCGGCUGACGAAACAGGUCGCUCUGGCCAUCUCGGAGGUCCUCAAGCCUCUUGGCGUCGGUGUUGUGAUGGAAUCGUCGCAUCUCUGCAUGGUGAUGCGUGGUGUCCAGAAGACGAGCAGUACGACCACCACAAGCUGCAUGCUUGGGUGCAUGCGGUCGAGCGCAAAGACUCGCGAAGAGUUUUUGACUCUCCUGCAUCGGAGAUAG